AUGCAUCGAACCGAUAUAAGUAGUUCUCAUAGUAAAGUACGUAUUGUUGAAAAUUCAAAUGAACUCUAUGAAUAUAGUAAAAAUGUUCGACUACCACAUAAACCAGUACCAGUAACAUCUCAUGCUGCUAAAUUAUACGAAGAAGCUAACUUAAUAAUAGACAUUCCAUUUGAUUUAUCAUCUUCAUUGGGUCUUGAUUAUCCAGCUAGUUGUCCUAAUCUUCUUUCGGGUUAUAUGCAUAUUAGUCCAAAUGAUUUAUUUAAACAAGAUGGUGUUGUAUCAUAUACAUCUCUUUGUUUAUAUGUAAUUCGUGAUCAUAAUACAACAAAUAUAUUUGAUGAAGGACAAGUAAAUUGGUUAAAAAGUGAUCUUCUUGUUAUUCCAUAUCAAACACAACCGUUAGAACAUUUUGCACACGAUGAUACAGCAUUGUAUUAUGUACAUGAUGGACCAUUACUUAAAUAUCGUCAAGUAAAACCAUCAGAAAAAUGUUUUUUAACAACAAUUUUUCGAGAAAAAGUUUUAACAACUAAAGUAGAAAAUAUUUGA